UCUGAGCAAAUCUGAGCAGCAAAGCAACCGAUGAGCUCUGAGCUACGAUGCUCUCAGCUUCCAUCAACCGGGGAGACGAUAAUAAAGACGGAGGACGAGGCGAGGCUUUGGUUUACCAAGACAGACAUCUUCACAUCGAGUAGACGGAGGAGGAGCCGAGAGGAGCCUGUGUGAGUGUCUGUCUUCCUGCUGUAGAGCUGCUCGGGACGGGACCGGACAGGGCGGGGUGAUGUUUAGGUUCCGGUAUAAAGGCAGCGAGAAAAUGGGAACCAGACGAGAUGUGGAGCCGUCUGCCGACGCUGUCGUAUCAUCCCGGAGACUAGAAUGAGAAGUGUCCCGUCGUGGUGCUAGCAGGGCGGCGGUGUAACCGUCUGGAGGCCGCUGGCUGGCGGGUUGAAGCGCGUCGUCUCUGCGGCGCCCCUCCGCCCCCUGUCCGUCAAUACGAUGAGGACGCUAUUUACAUGUUGUUGUCUCUUCCUUAUUACCGGCGGAGCGUACCGGGCGUGGGCCACCGGAAAUCUCACUGUCGACAGCACUAACGACACCAAGCAGACGGCCAACAGCAGCAGCGGGUUUAUCAGCAUAGGAGACGGCUCGUCGCAGGAAUUUGAGUUUCCUGAAAACACCAACGGCGUGAUUGUAAUCUGCAGCCGGUACCGGAGCGCGGCGGCGGCGGCGGCGAGCAGGAAGGGCCGCCAGAGCUGGAAGCAGACGGUGACGGUCCGCUCCCUGGACCCGGAGGUCCUCUCCAUCCUCAACGUGACGGACAGCGGCCACGCAGGACCGGCCAAGAGCUACAUCAUCAGCAUCCGGUCCGGGUUCCCUGGUAGGGCCCAGCUGCAGAUCCAGCUGCUGGACCUGGACCAGGAUUCGAUGCCGGUUCUGAUCGAAGAGAGGACGGAUUACUCCAUCAGAGUGGCGCCUGGGAAUGAUGACCCGGCCACCAGGCUCAUCCAGUCUGGUGGCCUGUCCCACUUCUCUGAGAACCCUGUGCUGUUCGCCUUGCUGCCCCUCAUCUUCGUCAACAAGUGUGCGUUCGGGUGCAAGGUGGAGGUGGAGGUUCUGCGGGGUCUGCUGAAGAGCCCGGUGCCACUGCUCCUAGGGGUCGUAGGUCAGUUCCUGGUGAUGCCGUUAUACGCCUACUGUGUGUCCCGGCUGGCCUCGCUGCCCAAAGCGCUCUCCUUGGGCCUGGUCAUCACCUGCUCGGCCCCGGGCGGCGGUGGCGGCUACCUGUACAGCCUGCUGCUCGGAGGAGACGUCACCCUGGCCAUCUCCAUGACCCUGGUGUCAACGGUGGUGGCGGCGGCAGCCAUGCCUUUGUCGUCGGCCCUGUACGGCCGGCUCCUGGGCGUGCACGCCGCCCUGCACGUGCCGUUCGUGAAGAUCCUCGGCACCCUCCUGUUCAUCGCCAUCCCCAUCUCGCUGGGCAUGCUGGUCAAGCUGCGCCUGCCCGCCCUCACACGCGUACUGCUGGCGCUCAUACGACCCUUCAGCUUCGUGCUCAUCGUAGGCGGCAUCUUCAUGGCCUACCAAAUGGGCGCGUCCAUCCUGGCCAACGUCAAGCCCCAGAUUGUGGCGGUUGGGGUGACGGUGCCUUUGCUGGGGCUGGUGGUCGGAGCCAUCCUGGCCAAGCUGGCGGGCCUGGCGCCGCCGCUGAGGAAGACGGUCAGCAUCGAGAUCGGCGUCCAGAACAGCCUGCUGGCACUCGCCGUCAUGCAGCUGUCUUUCCGCCGGGUGGAAGCUGACUUUGCGUCCCAGGCGCCCUUCAUAGUGGCCCUCAGCAGCACGUCGGAGAUGCUGCUCAUAGUAUUGGGGUACUUUGCCCAGAGGAAGUUGUGCGGGUCCGCCGUCCCCAGGAGUGACGCUUGAUUGUAGCCGCAGUUUUUUUUUUUUUUUGUUCUGAACUUUUUCAAGAAUGAACUCUUUCAAAUCUGUGGAAAAUCUUGGUGUCCCGCAGUCUUGGCUACGAGACACACAACAAUCACCAAUCCAGUCAUCACUGUUGCGGAACACCGGAGGACAGUGAAUGGACUUUUUGUGUUUUGUCGUUGUUUUCGUAUUUUUCAUGAAAACCAAAGGCCUUUUACCCCUCUGAGACCUUUUUGUGUUUAUUUUACAGUAUGUACUUUUUGAAAUCAGAUUAUACUGUGAGGUACUCAAUGUAAAUAUUCCUAAAAAGAGACAUACCUAUAAAAGAAAAGAUAUUUUUCUACCAGAUUACUUUUUGUAAUCAAAAAGCAAAGAUUGAUUUGCAUCAUGUUUACAAGAGGACCACGUGUCUUAGCCUGGGUGAGAAAUUUUGGGGGUUAAGUGGAAUUGUUUGUGAAUCAAACAGGAACAUGAUGAUGUUAUGAAAGUAAUUGCUACUGAUUGUGUCUCCUGGAUCUGCGAAUCCAUGUACUUGAAUUUUAGAGAGGAGAAAUGAAGAACAAAUAAAUAAAAGCAUUGUUAAACAGGC